AUGUCUCUGGCUCUCCCCGACAUGCAGAGAGUUUCACGGCCAGUCCAGGACCACGUCCCAGUCCCGCAGCCCCCUGCCCAGCCCUCAAGACCCACCCAGGGCCAGCUCCUGAUGAGUAACAACGGCAGUAUCUGCACGUUUGAGGACCAAGUCCUCUGUCCCAUUUGCCUGGAGGUGUUCCGCAACCCAGUCACCACUGCCUGUGGCCACAAUUUCUGCAUGACCUGCCUCCAAGGUUUCUGGGACCACCAGGCUACCACAGGGGAGAUGCUCUAUUGCCCCCAGUGCCGAGAGAGCUUCCCCUCCAGACCACGCCUCUGCAAGAAUGUCAUCCUGGAGGAGAUGGUGACCUGCUUCACCCGGGCCAAGAGCCAGAGCCCAGGGUCCUCUUGGAACUUACCCGGGCCCGGGGACGUGCCCUGCGACUUCUGUUCCCCUCAGAAGCUCAAGUCAGUCAAGUCGUGCCUGCAGUGCAUGGCCUCCCUGUGUGAGAAGCACCUGCGCAGCCACUACGAGGACCAGCUGUUCCAGGGCCACCAGCUGCUGGAGCCCGUGUGGGAUCUCAAGAGCCGCUUGUGCCGCAAGCAUCGCAAGCUGCGGCGCCUCUACUGCCGCACGGAAGGCUGCUGCGUUUGCGGGACCUGUCUGCUGGAGGAGCACAAGGACCACGACACUAUCCCCCUGGGGGAGGAACGCGCCCGCAAGGAGCUCGAGGUGCGGCAGGUCCAGGCCGACGUGGAGAACCAGAUGCUGAUGAUCACCUCCGACAGCCAGAAGCACCGGGGGCAGGUGGCCUUUCUCUCGAAACUGAUCCAGACAGCGCGCAAUGAAGUGAACUCCUACUUCUCAGAGAUCAUGCAGGAGGUCAAACAUCUGCAGAUGAAGGUCUUGGAUUUUGUGGAUAAAGAGGAGGCAGCUGCCCUGGGGAAGCUGGGCAGCUCCAUCCAGCAGAGCCACAACCGGCUUCUGAAGCUGGAGGGGGACAGUAUCUGGCUGCGUACCCUGCUCACCAACCGAAAUGACCAGCAAUUUUUGCAGGAGUUCCCCAGGCUAAAGCACUUCUCUGACUCCAUGGAACCCCUGAUGGGCACCAACUGCGAGGAGGAACAGAGCUUUCUCCAGCUGCCGGAGACCUUGGAGGAGCUCAGGAGCCGGCUGGUGGACAUGGGUCUCAGCUUCAUCAACCAGCUCCUCCUGAAGGGCAUUAAAAUGAACUCCUAUGAGGUGCUCCCCCCAGCUGUGGACAGGAAAACACUUCUCAAAUGUUACUGCAACCUGAACUUCGACCCCACCACGGCCAGCGAGGAGCUCUUCCUGUUCAAAGAGACCCACUCGGUCCUGAACCUGGGCAUCCUGCUGGAGCCCUUCACGGCAGGCGGGCCUUUCCCCGGCUUCAAGCAGUGGCCGCAGGUGCUGUGCUCGCGCGGCCUGUCCGAGGGCCGUCACUACUGGGAGGCCGAGGUGUCCAACUCGUGGGUGUGCCUGGGCGUCACCUAUCGCCGCAGCCCCUCCCUCAGCGGCCGCCCGCGCCGCAACAUCGUCUACCUGCUGGGGCGCAACCCCUACUCGUGGUGCCUGGAGUGGGACUCGCUCAAGUUCUCCGUGUGGCACAAUAACACGCAGACGGUGCUGCACGGCGGCUACCACCGCACGCUCGGCGUGGCGCUGGACUGCGCCGCCGGCUGCCUGUCCUUCUACGGCGUGGCGGGCGGCGUCAGUCUCAUCUACCGCUUCCUCGCCUCCUUCCUGGAGCCGCUCUACCCCGCCGUCAUGGUCAGCAGCGGCGCCUUGGUCACGCUCAAGCAGGUGUAA